UGCAGGGCAAUUGCAAUCGGUGGUCGUCGUCGCCUGCAUCAUCUAUGGAAGGUGCCAUGCAAGACACCUCGCCGGCAACAUCACACCAGCAAGGACCAGGGAACGAUGACACGACUUCAUUCGGCGCUGCAGCAACCGGGCCGAGCCACCCGGUCCAAUUCCCUUUUUCUUUGCCGCCAUUGCCCAAAUGGAAGAACUUCAAGGCGCCCACGUUCCCGCCGGCGCCUCCAACACCGGCAACGUGGAGUACCCAGGUGGAUGUCGGGCAAGGCGGAGUGACAAGCUUUUCUCCGCGAGCUCCCGCUGUCCCGCCACAAGGGAGUGCAAGACCGCAAUCGAUAACGGGGGGUCCAUGUCUGUCGUGUGGGGCAGCCAGGUGGAGGUCGGGCAAGGCGGCGUGACGAGCUUCUCCCAGCGACCGUCUGCUGUUCCGGGGAGCAACCGAUGGGGUAUGACGCAGGCUGGGCAGAACUGUGCAGGAUGGUCUACCCCGACUGCAGUUGGUGAUGGUCAUCGACAACAACCCGAGAAGGUCGGGGUGGGGGGAAGCAAGGGAGCGCCUUCCAUGGAAGUCCAAUUUGAACCUUCGAUUGGGGAUGGGUCGGUUGCCCAUGGGCAUGACCUUGGACCGUACUCGUCCAUGUUACACAGCGGGGAUAGUGGAUCGACCAUGCAGCCCGCACCGCGUUUCCAGACAUCGCCAAACACGGGCGCCAAGGACAUGGGUCCACCUUCGCAAGGAGGUGCCCAAGGACCUUACGGGAACACACACUGCGACGUAGGGGAUGCGUGGAUGGGUGGUGUGGCGGAUAUCGCAGGCACCCAAUAUAGAGGGUGUUCAAGUGCAGGUUCUGAUGGGGAGUACAAUGUGCAGGGCCGUUUUGACGUGUCCGACAAUGAUGGCAGCCAAAGGCGUGGACCGACAUCAAAAGGAAAGGUCCGUGCACCGAUAGCUGGAGGGUGCGGUGACGGGGACGCCGCGGCGCGAGGAAAGCCUCGUUCUCCUUAUUGGAACACAAACGAGAGUUUGGGGCUGCUUCGCUACCUGUUCGAAGAGGAUGCGCUGCAGCAGAAGAGGAAAGGAAGACAAAAGAUGCGCACGAAGAAGGAGAAGUACGAGGGGAUAAUUCGCAAGCUCGUUGAGAAGGGAUUCGAGGCUCGUACCGUGGAUGAGUGCGAGUGCAAGUUCUAUACUCUGCUAGACAACGGGAAGAAGAUCCGCGACUUCCACUUGAGAUCCGGUGAGCGGAUCUAUUGGAACAUGGAUCGGGUGUCGAGAAGGAAGGAGGGGUUGCCUGUGCUCUUUGACAAGCAGUUGUUUGAGGCUCUGCAGUGGAAACUGCGGAAGACCGAGGGGUCAUGUGAAGGGGUGAUGAAUUCCGUACUCUAUAAUGAAGGAGGGACGAGAGUCGUGACAGACGACGAAGACACAGGCGGUGGGAGUCGUAGCCCUUCCCUGCGAAGGCGCGAGGGGAGCGACGGGGCCGAAGGGUCGAAGAACGCACGUUCAGAGGGAAGUGGUGGGACCGCUCGCCGCAACACAUCGGGGUCAUCGGUGGAAGGGAGCAGGGGGGGGACCUUUGCCGAUGUUGCACAUGCAUUGGUGGAAUCGAGUGACCGACAGGCCGAUAAGUUGGCAGGCGGUUUUGCGAGUGUCAUGGAUGGCAUCAACAACACCCUCGCACAGGGUAACACAACGCUUCUGCAAUGUUUCACUAUGCUGUCCGGGUCACUUUCGAGACGUCCUGCGGACAAGGGAGCGCAAUGAGGGAAGGACCGUGCAUUGCCCUGUUCU